ACGUCAUAAGGCGCCCGCUGGAAGGCUGCAAGAGCACCUGCGCCUUCACCCACACGCUCUCCUCUGGACAAAACUCUCGAGGCAAUUUUUCCCCCCACGAGUGCAGGCUGCCACGGCCGUGCUCGUGCCCUGAGGCACUCUGCAGCAUGACCAUGUCCAUGCACUGUUGCCUUCUGGAAGACGCCAAGUGCGAUUUGAGGCAGGCAGAGAGGGAGAUGCGGAGGCAGAUGAAGCUGAUGCACUCGGAGGUGCAGCAGCUCUGCGAGGAGCUGCCCGCGCCCUGCCUGCGCAGGCUGGCCGGCCGGCACUGCUGCCUGCACCAGCGCGACACCUGCCCCUGGGAGUGCUGGACACUCACCAGCAGGGUGGAUGUGGAGCGAGAACCGGCCAGCAUGCGAAAAAGACUUCGCAGGUUGUGUAAGUGUUCCCAUGACCAUGAGCUUUUGGCUUUGAUAGACGUGGAGGGUUUUGACCCCAACGACGUCAUUGUAAUGGUAAAAGACAGGAAGGUGAAGGUGUUAGCGGAGCACGAGGAGGAGCACACCACCGCAAGAGGGAAGGAGUAUAACUACAGGAACAUAACGAAGCAAAUCAGCCUGCCGCUGGGGGUGAGCGAGGAUGAGGUGACCUACUCACUGGGACCAGAUAACAUCAUGAAGAUUGAAACGACACACAACUGCUGCCCUUGUCUCCUGGGCCGCUGAGCUGCAGCAGGGAGAGCACCAGGCACAGUCACUGCUCUGCCAUAUCCCUCCUCCCCAUCGACUUUAGGUCUGUCCCGCUAUCCGUGCGCCAGCAUCUCCGCGGGCUUCUUCUGAAAUAAAAGUCAGCAUGCCAA